AUGCCCCCACAAACACAACGCAAACUCUACAAGGACUAUCCAAAUGUGAUAGAAGAGGCCAAGAAGACAUACCGACACAUAACAGAAAACAUACACAAGGAAAAACAUCUUGGGCUGGCCAGAGCUGAUGAGGCCACCCGAUGCGAUUGCUCAUAUUCUUCUGGAGUAGACGAGCCCUCGGUUGCUUGUGGUGCAGGAAGUGACUGCAUAAAUCGCUUUCUCUACGUAGAAUGUAACGAAGGCGAGUGUCCCUGCGGAGAUGCUUGUCAAAAUAGGCGCUUUAAGCAACGCUCGUACGCAGAGGUGGAUCUCAUAUGCACAGAAAAGAAGGGAUAUGGCGUACGCGCAAAACAAGUCAUUCCAAGGGAUGGAUUCAUUCUGGAGUACGUAGGCGAAGUGAUGUCAGACGAAAUGGCAGAGAAAAGGAAAACUGCAUACAGGCAGGAGGGACGAACACACUUUUAUUUCAUGGACUUGCAGAAAGGCGAGGUGGUUGAUGCAACCGAGUACGGCGGUUUAGCAAGAUUUAUAAAUCAUUCCUGCAAACCGAAUGCUCGUGUAGAUAAAUGGAUUGUUGGGCGCCAACUACGGUUAGGUAUUUUUGCUGAUAGGCAGAUAUUACCUGACGAGGAAGUAACUUUUGACUACAGUGCUGAGCGCUCGGGUACAACUGCACAGAGAUGCUAUUGUGGUGAAGACAAUUGUCGACUUUUCUUGGGCAAGGACGAUUCAGAACUGGUCCUAGAAGAAGAACCCCAUGAAAUGAAGAAGGCUGACCGCGUGCCAUACUUUCUGGCUGUUCUCCAAUUAACUCUUUCGAAAGAACCUAAAAUCUUCCGUCGCCAAUUGCGAAGAAUGGAAAUCUGCACAGUAACCGAAGUAUGGAAAGAAUUCGUCAAUCGCAAUGGUCUAUCGAUGAUAAGAAGAUAUCUACAGCAUUUUAUCAGCGAAGGUUUUGAAAACGAUGACAUUGUAAGAUUGUUAAAGGUGCUGUGUAGAAUACCUGUAACAAAUCGAGCGCCAGUUGUCGUUGCCAAUAUCGAACGAACGUUUGAAGACAUUGUCAAAGCCAGGAAACACCCGGAAAUUCGACGACUAAUUGCUUUACUUGAAAAGAAAUGGAAGGACUUACCUCAAGCGCCGUUGAUUAAAAGAGCUCUUACACCUGCAACACCUGCAUCCACACCACUGUCAAAUGGCAAAAGAAGCCGAUCAACCACUGAAGACAUUGAUAAGCCUGAGGCUUCUUCAAGUGAUGAUCUAAGAAGUCCAAAACGAGGUCGAUCCUCGAGUGAAGAACCGCAAGAACAAUUAAAAACACCCGAAUCAGAAAAGAACUGUGAGACCGACUCAAAACGUAGUCCAUCUUCUUCCAAAAACUCCCCUAUUUAUAAAGACGAUCGUAAUACGUCUCUUAAUUCACAUACAAACACCAGCAGACAAGAUUCAUCUCUGUUGACAGCAUCCUCAGGUGGUUACCGUAAAAACGGGCAUGAUACAUCUGAUUCAUAUCGUUCUCACCGCCAUCGCCACGACGCUCGUAAUCCAGACGAUAGUCGUAGUGGGUAUUAUUCCAAUCCGUCUCCUAGUCCGAGGAAAGACUACGACGUUCGAUCGCUUCAUGAUUCAUGGCGGCCAAAAAGGUACUCACCUCAAAAGGAUGACAACGAUCGCGGUAACUCAUCUUCAGAAGCUAAUUCUCCUAUGAAGAAAGAAUCGGAACGACCGAAAUAUGAAUCGUCCCGCGAUUUUUACGAAGGGUCUAGAUCGAGUUAUUCACAGUACCGUUCACCCCAUUCGAGCACGGUGGAUCGUAGCAGUCGUCGUUUUGAUCCGUAUCGCCGUUCACCGCCAAAUGAUUCCCGCAACGGCGUGGAAUCACCCACAAAAACUCCACCCCCACCACCUCCUCCGCCACCUAGUCAUCCAUCUCCGCAAAGCGACGACUUUCCUGCUCCACAAUGGAUGCGCAACCCCAAUUGGACCGAAAGCAAGGACGAUAAUGGUAAAAUAAGUUGGGUUAAUAAAUUCACUGGAGAACGAACGAGUCAGAAGAUCAAGGCCAUGAUUGAUACGACGUUCAAGACGCCUGAAGGUAUUCCCCAAGGAUUAGUAAAUGCUAAAAUCGAAGAAUCGCUCUAUCGUCAACGUCAAGUAGAAGAAAAAGCAGCUCGCGAGGCUGCUGAGGCGGCUGCAGCCAAGGCCGCAAAAGAAGAAGCAGAAAAGGCAGCAGCUGAGGAGAAACGUGCCAAAGAAGCCCGUGCUGCGGCCGAGGCCAAAAGAAUUAAGAUGGCAAGAAAAGAAAAGGCGGCAAAUUACGAAGCAAUGAAGAGUAAAAACGUGAUAACGUUCGAUACCACUGAGGCGUUUAGAGAUGAAUAUAGGAAAUAUGUCACUGAAAAUGCGAAGAAAUUUGAGAAUCAGCUGUCAGUGGAGCUCUAUGCUUCGCAGUGUAAGAAGUGUGCUGAUAAGGCUGUAGAGAAAGAGCUUAGAAGCAUAAAUGAAGAGGAUAAGAAAUCGAAACGUUCGACACAAGCUAAGUUUGUGCUGAAUGAUUAUCUGCGCAGGAAACUAAGCAAUUUCGUUACAUCAUACUUUGAAGCUCUAAUUGCAAAACAAAGCAAAGCUAAGGGUAAAGCCAAGGAGGAAUGA